AUGUCCACGAUCCUCACAAGUAAUAUGAACUCAAUUGAAAACGCUGUUAUUAGCGCAUUUGGUCAGUUGCAGAGUCAAACCAAUGGCAUUGUUGUCAUGAUGACCAAACACGACAAUGUCAUUCGAUCAUUACUGGAACAGAUCUUGGUCAAACUGGACUCUGGUUGCUCACCAACACCUGUAGUUGUUAUACCAGUUGUGGUAUUCGAAACCAUUUCCACGACUGUAAACAUCAUCGCAACAGUGACUGUGUUUUGUCCACAAAUCAUGACACAACUCGGUACAAAUCAGGUCAAGUUUGAUCCAGAAAUUCCAACAAAAAACAUCAACCCGACCACUGAACUGGCUGCUCGUUGA